AUGUCACAGACGGAAGGCUGGAGCUUCAAGAGCCCCCGGUUCAGCUUUGACUUCCACGCGUUCCGGAGCCGCCUGCGCCACCCGGUCCUGGGGACCCGGACCCGCGGCAGCGAGGAGCCCCAGAGCCUGGUUCAAACCCAGCGGGAGAAAAUCAAGGAGAUGAUGCAGUUCGCCUGGCAGAGCUACAAGCGUUACGCGAUGGGGAAAAACGAGCUCCAGCCCCUCACAAAGGACGGCUACCAGGGCAACAUGUUCGGAGGCCUCAGCGGGGCGACGGUCAUUGACUCCCUUGACACCCUCUACCUCAUGGAGCUGAAGGAGGAGUUCCAGGAGGCCAAGACCUGGGUUGAAGAGAACUUCCACCUGAAUGUGAGUGGAGAAGCAUCUUUGUUUGAGGUCAACAUCCGGUACAUCGGGGGACUCCUCUCGGCCUUCUACCUGACAGGAGAGGAUGUGUUCCGAGUGAAGGCCAUCAAGCUCGGAGAGAAACUCCUGCCGGCCUUCAACACCCCCACGGGAAUCCCAAAAGGUGUUGUGAACUUCAAAAGUGGUUCCAACAGGAGCUGGGGCUGGAGCAUGACGGGGAGCAGCAGCAUCCUGGCAGAGUUUGGAUCCCUGCACUUGGAGUUCUUACACCUCACUGAGCUCUCCGGCAACCAGGUCUUCGCUGAAAAGGUCAGGCACAUCCGCAAGUUCCUCAGGAAGAUCGACAAGCCAUUCGGCCUCUACCCCAACUUCAUCAGUCCAGUGAGUGGGAACUGGAUACAACACCACGUCUCGGUUGGAGGACUCGGGGACAGUUUUUAUGAAUAUUUGAUCAAAUCCUGGUUGAUGUCAGCCAAGACAGACACGGAGGCUAAAGACAUGUACUACGAAGCCUUGACGGCAAUCGAGACCCACUUGGUGAAUGUGUCUCCCGGGGGGCUGACCUACAUUGCCGAGUGGCGCGGGGGGAACCUGGACCACAAGAUGGGGCACCUGGCCUGCUUCUCCGGGGGCAUGAUCGCCCUGGGCGCCGAGGAUGCCGACGAGGACAAGAGGGCCCACUACCGCGAGCUCGCAGCCCAGAUCACGAAGACGUGCCACGAGUCGUACGACCGCUCAGAUACCAAACUGGGGCCCGAGGCCUUCUGGUUUAACUCCGGCAAAGAGGCGGUGGCCACGCAGCUGAGUGAGAGCUACUACAUCCUGAGACCCGAGGUGGUGGAGAGCUACAUGUACUUAUGGCGACAGACCCACAACCCCAUCUACCGGGAGUGGGGCUGGGAAGUGGUGAUGGCCUUGGAGAAAUACUGUCGGACAGAAGCCGGUUUCGCCGGGAUCCAAGACGUGUACAGCAGCAUCCCCAACCACGACAACAAGCAGCAGACCUUCUUCCUAGCGGAGACGCUAAAGUACCUCUAUCUUCUGUUCUCUGAAGAUGACAUGCUGUCCCUGGAAGACUGGGUGUUCAACACAGAGGCCCACCCGCUGCCCGUGAACCACUCGGACAGCGCUGGCAGGGCUGGGGGCCAGCUCUGACCCCAGCUCCCUGCCGCCCCGAGCCGCAGGGACGCCUCGCCUUUUCAGGUUUGGGGACUGUUCUCAAAGAGAUUGGGAACGCAGGCCCCACUCCAGACAGAUGUGCUGGACACGCCACUUCUCCUCUGUGAGGAGACAGGCCCGGAGACAGCGAUGUCACACCAGGCCCAGACAUUCCUUUCUAUGGAGAAUUUCUAUGAAACCCACUCAGUUGCCAUUCCUGGGCCAAAGAACUGGAGGUUUGCAUACCGACCCCGUGUAUUUGGUUCACUUCCUUUCGUAUUGGGGGUAUUUUGGGUUUUGCUUGAUUUUGCCUUUUCUCUACAGUUGUGUUUUAUCACAAAUUAUAAGUUAGUUUUCAAAAUCCCAUGCUUUCAAAAACAAUCAUCUUCAUCAACUAAACCUUAAAGUAUUUGUACGCGUACAAAAACCUUGACCUUAUUUCUAUAUUUUAAAUGCCUCUUGCCCAACAUUUACUAUUCGUUCAAUUACGUGUCAUUUACCUUAUAAUUUGAGGAGGGGUUCCCCUUUGAUUUGGGUUUAAGUGUUGCGAAUACUAGUGCUAUUUUCAUUAUUGUAAUGGAGAAAUCUAAAAACUUACAAUAAAAGAGUUUAUUGAAUAAGAAAUA